AGGGAGUCACAUGACUCUUCCGCCAGUGCGCUUUCUUGCUUUUCUGCUCGCUCAUGUUAGCCGAGUAACCUUCGCGGAGCUUUCCCUCGGCCUGCCAUGGGACGCGUCGUCGCGUUCGCCGCAGCGUGCGGAGCUGCUGCCCUCCGGCUCCGCUGGCUGGCUGCCCUCUUCUUGCUUCUCCUCCCGGCCCAGAAGGGAUUCCCCUCCACCACCUUAGCGGCCCAGGACGCCUUCAGUUACCAGAUUCUAUGCAAUUAUACAUGGGAAGCUCUUGAUCUUGAUAAAGUGCAUUAUAAAAUAAAUCCCUGUGGUGGUGUAAGAGAUUGUGCGGGAUCCAGUGCCAUUUGUGCCCAUGACCUAAAAAAUAAUUUAUAUUUCUCAGUAGGGGAAUCCUCACAGAUAAGAAGAUCUAAUUUACUCUUGGAAUUCAGCACUAAAGAAAUUUGUUCUAAGGGAAGUCCACAUACAUGGCAAAGUAGCAUCAAUUUCUAUUGUGGGAAGACUUUGGGUUCCCCAGAAUUUGUGACUUCAUUUGAGUGUGUUCAUUAUUUUGAAUGGAGAACAUUCCUUGCAUGCAAGAAGGACUUAUUUACAUCAACUGACGAGGUACCUUGCUACAUAUUUGAUGAAAACCUGAAAAAACAUGAUUUAAAUCCAUUGAUUAAGACAUCUGGUGGAUACUUGAUAGAAGACUCAGAUGAUGAUUCACAGUUAUACAUCAACAUAUGUAGAAACAUAGGAAAGUCCUCAGGAGAAACUAGCAGUUGUCCAGAGCACAGUGCAGCUUGCUUGGUGAAGGAUGGUCGUGCGUUUGAUCUGGGCCAUACUAAAGAAUUACUAAAACGGCUUGAUAAAGACAGGUUUCAGCUGAGAUACAGCAAUGUAGCAGAGAAACCAGACUUUUGUGGUAGCCAUGACCCAGCAGUUACAAUUACUUUCGUAUGUCCAGAGGGAAGGCAAAGAGAGGAUACAAAUCCUACGCUCACUGCUCAAAGCAAUUGCCGCUAUGAGAUUGAAUGGGUUACUGAGUCUGUCUGUGCCAGGGACUACCUGGAGAGUCAUAAUUGUACUCUUAGCAGUGAACAACAUGGUAUUUAUGUGGAUCUGACACCUCUUAUGCAAUCUCCAGGUGAUGUGUCACCAUAUCUUUCAAAAGACAAAGAGUAUAACUAUUAUCUGAAUGUAUGUGGGAAAGCAGCUGGUGGUUUUUGUAUGGACAAGGAUGUGUCUUCAUGCCAAGUUAAAGCUGAAAAAAGUCAGCCGAAAGUGGCAGGAAGAUUUACCAAUCAAACUCUCAGGUAUGCUGAUGGAGACCUUAUUCUGACGUAUCCAGGAGGAGAUAGUUGUAGCUCGGGUUUUCAGAGAAUGACAGUCAUAAAUUUUGAAUGCAAUCAAACUGCAGAUAAUAAUGGCAAAGGACAUCCAGAAUUUAAUGGUGAAACAGACUGUUCAUAUUUUUUCACUUGGCAAACCAAAUAUGCUUGUGUUGGAGAAGAAGAAGGUUUGCCUUGCAUGGUUUCAGAUAAGAAGAAAAAGUAUGACUUGACAAGACUGAUUCGUCAUUCUGAAUCGGAGGAGAAUUGGGAAGCUGUAGAUAUCAACCCAGUAGAAGCAAAAAGGAAACGUUUCUUUAUAAAUAUCUGUCACAAGGUCCUCCAGAAAGGAGAAGCCAUGUACUGUGCCAAAGAUGCAUCUGUUUGCUCUGUUGAUAAAAACAAUAAUACAAGAAAUCUUGGGACCUUCAUGUCUACUCCCAAAAAGGUUGGAGAAAAUAUUGAGCUUCACUAUUCAGAUGGAGACGAUUGUGCACCCAAUAAAAAAAUUGAAACAAAUAUAAUUCUUAUAUGUAAACCAGGUGAUCUGGAAAGUGCUCCUGUUUUGAUUAAUUAUGAUGGAUGCUUGUUUGAGUUUGAAUGGCAUACUGCUGCUGCCUGUGUCCUGUCUAAAACAAAAGGAGACCACUGCAAAGUUUCAAAUCUUCAAGCUGGAGUUUCCUUCGACUUAUCGCCACUAAUGAAUGAAUCUUUCUCAAUAAACACAACUGACUAUACCUUUCACAUUAGUAUUUGUGGCUCUUUGUCAAAUAAGUAUUGUGGAUCAGAGUCUGCAGUUUGUCAAGUAAAGAAAAAUGGCCUGGAUUCUUGGAAUCUUGGGAUGCCCAGUUCUCAGCUGUCCUAUUAUAAUGGAAUUAUUCAGCUAAACUAUCAGAAUGGCACACCCUACAACAAUGCGCAGCAUACAACACGGUCUACCCAUAUAACAUUCCUGUGUGAUCGUGAUGCAAACAAGAGUGUACUGGAGUAUCAGGAGGAAGACAAUUUCACAUACAACUUCAAGUUGUAUACUCAGUAUGCUUGCCCAGAAAUAGCCACAGAAUGUGUCGUAACAGAUCCUCAAACCAUGAAGCAAUAUGAUCUGUCAAGUUUAUCAUUAUUUCGCAAUGUAAAAAAAAAUUGGUUUGCAAUGGACAACUCUGGAGAGAAUGUUCACAAAAAAUACUACAUAAAUGUCUGCCGACCAUUGAACUCUAUCCCAGGAUGUGACAGAAGAGCAUCCAUCUGUGAAAUGACAUUCAAAAGGGGCGAGAGUGCUGGCUCUUCUAAAAUUUCCAAUAGUAACCUUGGGAUUGCCCAGAAAAGUCCCAUUUUUGAAGGACCUGGUAGAAUCCUUCUUAAUUACACUGGUGGCUCUCUAUGCAUAAGGGCAGAUGAUGACAAGCCAGAACCUUUCUCAAGCCUCAUCCAUCUGAUUUGUGCCAAGGGCCUUCUUAAUAGCACCCCAAGAUUUGUAGAGAUGAAAGACUGUGUUGCAACUUUUCUGUGGGAAACUGAAGCUGCCUGUCCAAUCACCACUACGCAAGGCGAGUCUCAGAGCUGCUCUGUAAAAGACCCAAACACUGGAUUUCUAUAUAACAUGGAACCAUUAGCUUUGGAAAAAGCAUACGUUGUCGAAGGAAUUAGAAAGAGCUUCAUGAUAAGUAUCUGUAGACCAGCCAAGGAAUGUGGGCCUAUUCAUGGUAUCGAAGUUGAUGAUUCAAUUGGUGGAUGUGAAACAGAAGAUCUGGAACACAUUCGCUUGGUGAAAUUGAACAAAACUCUUCAAUUUUCUACAGAAGGAUAUCUGUCACUUACUUAUACAGGACCCAAUGACAGUUUCAUCAUCACUUUUACUUGCAAUCGGUCCUAUCCUGGAGAACUCAAAUUUGUACAUGAAGAAAUGAAUUCCGCACGAAAUAUUCAUAAUACUUAUUUUAACUUCUACACUGCAUUAGCCUGUCCACCUGUUCCAGUUGAUUGCCAAGUCACUGAUUCUGAUGGCAAUGAAUACGAUCUGAGUGACUUGAGCAGAGAUCAUGAACCCUGGAUUGCCCUGGAUACGACAGCAGAUGCCAAAAAAAGAACUUUCUUUCUCAAUGUUUGCAGGCCACUUCCCUAUAUACCUGGAUGUCCAGCUGGCAUACUAGGAGCUUGUGUGAAAUAUGCUGAUAAAAGCCAGAAUAUUGGUGUCAUUCAAAUAAGUCCUCAGGCUGCCACCGAUGGAUCUCUUUCUAUUUUGUAUUUAAGUGGAGACAUAUGCAAAGAUAAACAACAAUACUCAACCCGGAUAAUUUUCCAGUGUGAUCAAGCUAUGGGAUCACCUGUGUUUCAAUAUGAAAAGGACUGUGAGUUUGUGUUUCUUUGGAGAACACUAGCUGCUUGCCCUGUGCACAGAGCAGUAGGUGAGAACUGUCAAGUGAAAGAUCCAAGAUAUAGUUAUGUAUAUAAUUUGUCACCACUUCGUGGGAAUGACAUUAAAGUCAGCACCGACGAAUAUGACUACUACUUUAGAAUUUGUGAUGGAUUAGCCACAGGCCUUUGCAAACAAUCAAGCAACAGUGAACAUAUCGUGUCGUCAUGUCAAAUUAAAAAACAAGAUCCACAUGCUAAAAAAAUAGCAGGUUUGCAGACUGAAAAACUGACAUAUGAAAAUGGAUUACUUAAGAUAAACUACACUGGUGGGGACAUAUGUCACAAGGUGUAUAACAGAUCAACAGCAAUAUUUUUCUACUGUGAUCCGAAUCCUAAUUUGCAGGUCAUCUCUUUGACCUUAAUCCUUUAAAGAGACAGUCUAGCUACACUCUCUAUGAUUUUGUGAACCAGAGAAUGCUCCAGUUGAGUGUAUGUGAUGAACCCAAAACUUCAUGCGGUGGAGACAUUGGAGUUUGCAUCACGGGUGGCCAUCAGCCAUUAAUUAAUGCUGGACAACUAAGCAAAGCAUUAACCUAUGAAGAUGGAGUUUUGAAACUUGUCUACAAAGAAGGCGAGUCCUGUCCUGCAGAUCCUGCUUUGAAGUACAUGAGCUAUUUCACCUUUGUGUGCAGGUUGGAUGCUGGGCUUGGCAGUCAGCCAGCUCUCAUUUCUUUUGAUGAGAAAACAUGCACUUAUUUUUUCUCUUGGCAUACUGUUUUAGCCUGUGAAGAAGAAAGAGUGGUAGACUGCUCAGUUACCAAUGGCAGCAGAGUAAUUGACCUUUCCCCUUUAAUCCAUUGGACAAGUGCUUAUGAGAUAUUUGAUGACUUUUCUGACCAGAAUCCAGAUUUCUAUAUAAAUAUUUGCCAACCAUUAAAUUCCAUCAAGGAUGUCAGUUGUCCACCUGGAGUAGCUGUCUGUAUGAUCCCCCUUAAUGGCUCUCCUGUAGAUAUUGGUCGAAUCACAGCACCUCCUCAGCUCAACAGUGCAACAAAUGAAGUUAAUAUUGCCUUCAACAGUACCACUCCCUGUCCAGAAGAUAAAAAUCUCAACUAUUCUUCACUUAUUGUGUUUCAUUGCAACAGAGGAACAAAUCUGGGGAAGCCCAGAAUGAUAGAAAAGUCUGGCUGUGAAUAUAUAUUUGAAUGGAGCACCCCAGUGGUAUGCCCUGAUGAAGAGAAUGUUUUGGGCUGCUCUGUCAUGGAUGAACAAUUACACUAUGCUUUCAACCUGUCAAGCCUUGCAGGAAAACCCUAUAAGGUUCCUUCUGGACGCAGGAGCUACCAUCUUGGGGUAUGUUCAGAAGCAGCAGAUAUUCCUCAAGGAAAAUGCAAAGACGCUGCAGUUUGUCUUAUCUCUGGCAAUAGUGCCAUCUCAUUUGGCAACAAAAAAGAAAUAAAAUUGGACUACAGGCAUCAAGAUGAAGCUGUUUUCUUGCAGUAUAAGGGUGGCGAUAAAUGUCCCCCAGUGACUGAAAAGGGUGAGCUUUGUGUCUUCCCUUUCCAGUAUAACGGUAAAAGUUAUGACAGGUGCAUAGCGGAGGGACAAGCACGUCCAUGGUGUGCCACAACUGAUAACUUAGGGAGAGACCAAAAAUGGGGAUUUUGUGUAAAUGAAGCUGGGCAGCGUGAAUCUACAAUUAUUUUUAAGUGUGAUGAAAAUGCUAACAACGGAAGCCCUCAGCUGUUGAGCGAGACCCUUGGCUGCUCUGUCACAUUUGAAUGGAGGACACAGCUUCUAUGUCCUCCAAGGAAAAUGGAAUGCAAGUUUAUUCAGAAGCACAAAACUUACGAUUUGAGAAUACUUUCCUCGCUCACAGGCUCAUGGGUCUUCGCAGACAAGGGCAGCUCUUAUUACAUGAAUCUUUGUCAGAGAGUUCAUGAAGGACCCUCAGGCUGUCCUGACAGGGCAAGUGUUUGCCGACGAAAUCAGAAUGGUGCUGUCCAAGUUCUGGGAUUAGUUCAUACACAAAAACUUAAUGUUACAGGUGACAAAGUUCUUGUCAGCUACUCCAAUGGUCAUGAAUGUCCACAGAGGAACAAAAAGGCAACAACGGUCAUAGAGUUGAAAUGUGGAAAAACUGUUGGGUUGCCAAGAUUCAACAGGAUUGAUGAAGAAAAUUGUGCCUAUUAUAUUACCUGGGAAACUCGGGCUGCUUGUGCUGUGAAACCUCAAGAAGUAAAGAUAGAGAAUGGCACGGUUAUAAAUCCAGAGACGGGAAAGAAUUUCAGUUUGGGUAAUAUUUAUUACAAAUUAUACAAUGCAUCGGGAGAUUUCAGAACAAAUGGUGACAGAUAUAUUUAUGAGAUUCAGCUUUCUUCUAUCACUGAUUCAAAGAAUCCAAAGUGUAUGGGAGCUAACAUCUGUCAAGUUAAAAUAUCAGAUACACGUACUCGUAGAGUUGGAUCAUCAAAAAAUGCUCACUAUUAUAUUCAAGAUGAUGUUUUGGAUCUUGUGUUCUUCUCUGACUCCACAUGUGGCAGAGAUUCCAAAAAAUCUGCCUCCUCAACUAUUGUCUUCCACUGUGAUAAAGAUGCUAAAGAAGGCAUCCCAAAAUUUCUUCAUGAAUCAACGGACUGCCAGUACUUAUUCACCUGGUACACUUCAGCGGUUUGCCAGUUAGUUAGCUCUGAAACAACAAAUGAUGGAAAGUAUGUGGAAGAUUUUUCUAAAGGCCUUUCAGGAAGAAGCCAAGCAGUUGGCGCACUGUUGAGUUUACUCCUUGUGAUUCUCACAGCAUGCCUUGUGAUCCUGUUACUUUACAAAAAAGAAAGAAGAGAAUCUAUGAAGCAGAAGAUAGUCAACUGCUGUCGGAGAUCAUCAAAUGUUUCUUAUAAAUAUACUAAGAUAAAUACUGAAGAGGUAAAUGAGAAUGAAACAGAAUGGCUCAUGGAAGAAGUAGCUACACCAAAUCACAGUUUAGGAAACAAAGCUCACAUAAAUGGCCAUGUAGCACGAAAGACAGCCAUGUCAGAUAACCUCAUGUCCCUUCCGGUGGAUGACAUGGACAGUGAGGAUGAAGUAUUGACAAUACCAGAGGUGAAGAUUCAUUCAGCAAGAGAUGUGGAUUCAAGAGGCUUGAGCAGCAUUAGAAGGCCUUAUCAUAACAAAGCUCAUAAGCCUUCAGGCAGUGGGAAAACUGCUCUGCCUAACGGAAGGAAGAACAGCAAAACCAGCCCCGCUUUUGGUCAAGAAGAAAUGCAGAACUCCAUGAACAUUGCAUCAUACCAUGAUGACAGCGACGAGGACUUGUUGAACGUUUAACCUGCACUUGUGCCUAAUGAAAAUUCCAUAUGUGUAUAUGUAUAUUAAAUAUAUUAAGGUGAGACAGCAAAACACUUCCAACCAAAAAUGAAGACUUAAGUUGCAGAUGCCUUUAGCAAGGGAUUAUUUCAAGGGAAGUGGGAGGAAGGGUCAGUCCUUGCUGUUUACAAUGAUUGGUGAUGGUUGGGUUUCUAGCAUUCAAUGAAUGAAAUAAAGAUCAUUCUCCUGAGCUAGAACACUCACACAUAUCCCUUGGGAAGGUUUUAGAAACUCUUAUCAUAUUUUACAAUGAUGGGCUCAAAUCUAAAUGAAGCCCUUUCCGCUUCAUUGUGAGACUUGCAUUUUAACACUCUUUAUAUUUAUUGCUCUCACUACUCAGGUUCACUGGGGGAAAAAGAAAGAUAGGCAAUGUGUUCUUCCUGCAGGCAGGGUAUUUUCUUCUGUAGAUUCACCCAUCUCAUUAGGUUGGGUUUCUUUGGUGUACAUCUUGGAGCUGGUCUGUAUCUUGAAUUUGCCUGUAUAUUUGAUUUCUGUAAUCUUAUUCAAUUAAAAUAAUUUUGAUUUGAUUUGAAAAAUGUUUUAGCUGGAAGGUAUAAAUCCUAUAGCUUUAGCCUUGAGCAGUGACUGUCCUUUGCAUGUUAAGUCUGUUUUUCGGUACCAGUCAUAUAAUGUUGUUCAUCAGUGUUUACAAGAUUGUUGGUAUAGCAACCCAGUGCUAUCCUUCAACAUAAUCUGGGCAAAAAAUUAAUAGAGUAUGCCAUUUCCCAAAGACCCUUUCAGGUUAGAUAUACUAAUGCUUGUUGCUUUUCCUCUGCAACUGUUGUUGUGAUGAAAAAACAUAUGUACCUUUUUCCGAAUGCUGUUUCUCUUCAGAAGCUUAAAUGAUUUUUUUUUCCUUCUUGGGAAAUUGCCAACUAAUUCCAGAUCAAACUAGAGUAUCCACUUCAUUGCCCUACACAUUUUUAUGGCUGCUUUAAAGACACAGGCUUGCAGAACAGGGGCACACAGGUUUUGGUACUAGGUGCAUUUCCUUUGAAAGGUAAAACUCUUUGGAUAUUGUCACCGAACUCCUUCAUCAUUGUUAUAUGCUGCAACAAUUAACCUUAAGGGAAAGAUGGAACAAGUUCUUCUUGCAGUAUUUAGCAUCUUAGUGCUUUUUAAGAGGCUCAUAGCCAGCACGUGCAUUUCUAAGAACUGUGCACCAGUAUUUCGGCUGGCCAGAGGCUCUUCCUUCAUUCCUCCUUUCUAUCUUGUCCUGUUCGCGUUGGAGUACUUAAGAUUGGCUUCCACUUGGUACCUGGAUUUGAUGUAACAAAGUGUUUAAAGAAUUUCAAUAAAUAAAAUUAAAUUAUGUUUCUCUACGAA